AUGUUACAGCUACGGUCAUCGCCUAACGAAAGUUUGUUCGACCCAGUAAAAGUUUGGGUGAUUCGUAGUAACUUGAGAGAGAUUGAAGAAAAAAUAACCCCAGAACCCAAGAUUAAAAAGCUGGAACCUGUACUUUUGCCAGGUGAAAUUGUGGUAAAUGAAGUCAAUUUUGUGAGAAAAUGUAUUGCAACAGAUACAAGUCAGUAUGAUCUUUGGGGGAAGUUGGUUUGCAGUAACUUCAAGAUUUCGUUUAUUACGGAUGAUCCCAUGCCACUUCAGAAAUUCCAUUAUAAAAAUCUCCUUCUUGGUGAACAUGAUGUGCCACUAACAUGCAUUGAACAAAUUGUCACAGUAAAUGACACAAAGAGGAAACAGAAAGUCCUUGGUCCCAACCAGAAACUGAAAUUUAAUCCUACAGAAUUAAUUAUUUAUUGCAAAGAUUUUCGUAUUGUUCGAUUUCGCUUUGAUGAAGCAGGCCCUGAAAGUGUAAAAAAGGUGUGCCUUGCAAUAGCACAUUAUUCCCAGCCAACAGAUCUUCAGCUCCUCUUUGCAUUUGAAUUUGUUGGGGAAAAGUAUCAUAAUCCAGCAACUGUAAAUGGAAUAGACCCAGGAGGUGGGGGCAGUGGCAGCGGUCAGCAGACGCCUUUAUUUGAAACGUACUCUGAUUGGGAUAGAGAGAUCAAAAGAACAGGUGCCUCAGAAUGGAGAGUUUGUUCAGUCAAUGAAGGUUACAUGAUAUCUACUUGCCUUCCAGAAUACUUUGUAGUCCCAUCUUCCUUAGCAGAUCAAGAUCUAAAGCUCUAUUCGUACUCUUUUAUUGGGCGACGAAUGCCAUUUUGGUGCUGGAAUCACUCGAAUGGGAGUGCUCUUGUGAGAAUGGCCAACAUUAAAGAUGUAUUGCAACAAAGAAAAAUAGAUCAAAGGAUUUGUAAUGCAAUAACUCGAAGUCAUCCACAAAGAAGUGAUGUUUACAAGUCAGAUUUGGACAAGUGCCUGCCCAAUAUCCAGGAAAUCCAGGCUGCAUUUAUCAAACUUAAACAAUUAUGUGUUAAUGAACCUUUUGAAGAAAUGGAAGAGAAAUGGUUAUCUUUACUAGAAAAUACUCAUUGGCUAGAGUAUGUCAGGUCAUUCCUUAAGCAUUCAGCUGAACUUGUGUAUAUGCUGGACAGUAAGCAUGUAUCCGUAGUUCUGCAAGAGGACGAAGGACGGGACCUGAGCUGUUUUGUAGCCUCCCUCAUUCAAGUAAUGCUGGAUCCCUAUUUUCGGACAAUUGUUGGAUUUCAGAGCCUAAUACAGAAGGAGUGGGUCAUGGCAGGAUAUCAGUUUCUAGAUAGGUGUAACCACUUAAAAAGAGCUGACAAAGAGUCCCCCUUGUUCUUGAUGUUUCUGGACUCUGUUUGGCAAUUGCUAGAGCAAUAUCCAUCGGCCUUUGAGUUUUCUGAAGCAUACCUGACAAUACUGUAUGACAGUACACGGAUCUCGUUGUUUGGCACCUUUCUUUUCAACUCCCCUCACCAGCGAGUAAAGCAGAGCACUGAAUUUGCUAUAAGCAAAAACAUCCAGUUGGGUGAUGAAAAAGGCCUAAAAUUUCCUUCUGUUUGGGACUGGUCUCUUCAGUUUGCAACAAGAGAUCGUAUGCUCUUUCACAACCCCUUGCAAUGUGUACAAAAUGGAUCAGUCAAAACUUUUAAACGUACAAAGAAAAACUACAGCUCAACGCUAAGAGGAAUUCCCCCAUCAUUAAAGAAUGGGAUCAUCAAUGAGCAAGAAUUUCUUCCAAGAAGAAAUUCACUGAUACUAAAACUGAAACCAGACUUUCUUCAGCAACUGGAUCGCCAGACCAAUAGCAUGGAGCAGUAUUUCAAAGACUGGUUUUCAAAGCCUGUCGAUUUGCAUGGUGUAAUUCUACCCGGUCUGUCUAGAACACACAUAAAACUAUGGAAACUUUGCUACUUCCGCUGGAUUCCUGAGGCCCAAAUUAAUAAUGGUGGCUUCAUCACUGCCUUCCAUAAAAUCUCUGUGCUGACAGACCAAGUAGACAAGCUAAACAAGAGUCUUCGUCAGUACAAAAGCAGCUCUUCUUUGCAAGCUAACUGUUCAGAACUGGAUCAAAGCAGGAUGUACUUCAGAGCAAAUGGUUUAAAUGACACGGCUGGGACCCCAGAUUUUCUCUCCUCCUCAUUCCCAUUUUCUCCAAUAGGGAACCUAUGCAGACGGAGCAUUCUGGGAACACCUUUAAGUAAAUUUUUAAGUGGUGCCAAAAUCUGGCUGUCCACUGAGACACUUGCAAAUGAGGACUAAGAUGCUUCAACAUUUGAGGGAGAAAUCACAGACCAUUAUGUCUUCUCUUAAAUUAACACUGCUAAUUGCGACAUUGGAAGCUGUAAUAAUUUUAUUUACAAAUAUUACAUUUUUUUGCACAAAUAUUUAAAAGCAAAGCAAAAUAUGCUUCACAUCGCACAAUUUUGUUUUCAGUAGUUGUCAUGUAAACGUCUUGUCUGGUUUCUGACGAUUUCUUCUAUAUUUUAUAGGUCUGAUUCAUUGUAUAAGAUGCAGCGAUUUCUCUCACUAAUGUAAAGGUUCGGGUUGGUCACUAAUCAUGUUUUUUUUUGUUUGCAAUGUCUGUUUUCCCAGCUGUUGACUGAAGCUAAUCUAUCUCAUCACAGAUUAGCAAAUUUAAAUUGGUGAAAACAAACAUCAAAGAAAUUUACCAUUACUGUAGACCUACUGACUGGCAAUUGGAACAAACUACUUUUUCGCAGUACAGGUUUAGCAAGGAUACAUUUGUGUGUCCAUGCUGUCUUUCUGUGACUUGGUUUCCUUAUUGUAUGUUGUGUUGGUGCAGUGGGUGUCAAUUUUUUUCCUUCAGUUAUCCAUUAGAGAAACUAUUGAAAUCUUUGUUCAAUGUCAUGAGCUUGCCUUUAGUUCACAGGAACUGACUUCAGGACACUAUGCACUGUUAACCUUAAAAUGUUCACUGUGGAGAAUAUUAUUGUAGCCUUAGAAGUGCCUUUAAUCAGAAUGAAGUAUUAGUAAGAUGUGUCAAUUGCACCAUGAAAUGCAUUUUUAAUAGAUUAAUGAACUACCCGCUAAUGUAAACAUAAUUUCCAUAUUCUGACUAGUGAUUUUUAGAGUUUGUUUCACAAAAAAGUCAUUUUUAAUGUAGUCUGAAUUCAGAAACCUUAAAUGACAAUAUAUAAAUUAGCAGGGCAGUUCUGUCUAGGGUGGGCUAUAAAAUGGUGGCAGUUCACCAGGGUUACCCCCUGGCAGGCCGCCGCCGCUAUAUUUACCUCUGCGGCUGCAGUUCUCAGCUAAUGGAAGCUGUGUGGGCUGGGACGCUGCUUCCGGUAGCUUCUGUGGGCCAGGAACUGUGAUCCACGGCCAAAGGAAGCUGCAAUUGCCCAUACUUGUGGAGGUGCAGGUAAAUAUAGUGGUGGCGGCCUGCCAGGGGCUAAUCCUGGCAAACUGGAUCUUGCCCAUGGGCCAGUAUUUGCCUAUCCCUGGUCUAUCCCAAAAUAAGACUGAUUUCCUGUUACUCCCAGAAAAUAAACAAUCUUAUUCUCCCACUCCAUACUUUAAAUGUGUCCAUUUAUAGGAGUGGAGGUAGUGCCACAAAAGUCCAAUUUGCAACACAUAAUUAGUUGCUUUUUUCCCCCCUUGACACAACUCAGCUAUAGAAUAAGUCUGAGGGGUAGCUUUGUUAGUCUGUAGCUUUAAAAAAAAAAGGUCCUGUAGCACCUCUAUUUAUUAGUCUCUAAGUCUCACUUCUGUUUUUUGUGUUUGUGUUUGGUUUUUUUUAACUUCAGAAUAGUUAGGAAAUGUGUUCUUUUGGCUGCUUUACACCAGUAUUUGGUUUGGGUUCGUUUUUUUAAUUUUAAAGAUAAAGCAGAUUGGCGCAAAUUUUUUUUACCCGUUUUCCAAACAAUUUAAAACACACACACAAACGCUUUGUUGUGCAGCAGGAAAGAGCUGGUUAGGAAUUCCCCCAUUCUUUUUCUUUGAAGAAACAUAACUUAAAGCUGAGCAGGGCACUUCCCUCCAUGUGCAACUGUAUUCUAGUAUCUUUUAUUUUAUUUUGCAUCUUGAAAAGUCUUCCUCAGAGAUACUAGUAAAAAUUAUUUUUCUGAUACUUAUUUUAACUUGGGCAAAGCUUUCCCAGGCCUCAUACUUAUAUACAAGCCCGCAACCUGUGCGCUAAUUUUUGGUCCCAUAUUUUAAAAUUAAUAAACCACUUUCACAGGUUAUUUUGGUAUAGGCCAUGAAAUAGAUUUCCUAGAGUUUAUUUUAGAAUUAUUAAAGUUUGAGUAAAUUACUUUAAUCAGAUAAGCAUCUGGGUGGAAGUAGGGUUAAUAUGUGAGGUGUUAAUCUUUGAAAAAAGGUACAAGCACUACUUGAGUAAGGAUUUCUAGCUUGCUGUUCUUGUUGGUAAAUAUUAUGCCUUUAAAAAAACUGCCUAAAUAUCUAUUUAACAAACAGAACAGAAUAGUUUUCAGAAUUUGGGGGCUAAGAAAGCACUAGUGGUGUUAUGCUAGUUAGUGAUAUCCAUGUUUAGUUGCCUUGGGGCCUGAUUGAGUACUAAUCAUGCCUAUGUAUUUGUUUUACCCUGACUAUUUAAAUAGUUUAAAACUUUAAUGUACUGUUGAAAGGCUGUUCCUAAUUAAUGAUGUAUAGGACCUGUCCAGCUGUUACAUUCAUUUCCCACUGUAAAAAGCUGCCUUACUGACAAUACCAACUGCUCUGAAUUUACCUAAUGGCCCUUAUUUCUUGCAAGUAGCUCUGAAGACAGCUAUCUUCCACAACACACAUCUCUUUAAAAUUUUGGCAAUUUUUAAUGUUAGGUACUAUUAAUACCAUUAGCGUUUUAAAGAGUAGAAAAACUAUAAAUGAGCUUAUUUUUAUAUCAUUUGUUUUCUAACCAUAUGCACUGCUUCGGUUGAUAGUAGGCUGUUAUAUCAUGAUUAUUUUGCUAGAUUGUAAUGUAAAAAAUUAGGGUGAGAUAUGAAAUGCUGGUUGGAGUGGUCAAAGUGAAACUAAUGCCUUUAGCUACUGCAGAGUGGCAGUUAUGGUGAUGUCAGAAGUCAUGGUAGUACCAUUUCACUCACUGAAUUACUGCCAUGUACCAAAGAAAUGCUUACAAAUUUAAAAACCUAUUGAAGUGAGUGUAUUUUUAAAACAUGCAGAUAAAAAUACCAUUCUAAUAUGAAACCACCUUUGUGCUUUUAAUGUGCACAGUAAGAUCAAAGGUUUUGGCUGUUAAUCUCAGAUGGAAAGAUACAUUAAACCAAAAAAAGUAUAAUCUUUUUCAUUUAAGGAAAAGAUAGAACAUCAAUCUGCAUUCAAAAAGAGACUGAGCACCUGGGUUUCCUUAAAUCCCUUAAGGCAAUAGAUUGCUAAUGGUGUAGCUGCAGCAGGUCAGUGUUCUGUUUUAAUUGAAACUAAAACCUUUGUGCCUCACAAUGAUGAUGACUUACUGAAUAAAGUAGAAUUGCCAGGCAGAAUACAAAAUCUUGGCACUGAGGUUGUGAAUGUGAAAUAAUUAGACUGUUAAUAAAAGGUCAUGCGUUUCUACUGUAA